CCAACACCACCUCUCUCUCUCUCUCUCUCUCGGAAGCCAUGAUUACUACAUUAGAGAAGCCUCGUGUCACCGAAAUCCAUGUCAGGAUGGAUUGCCAUGGCUGUGUUCAAAAGAUCAAGAAGGCUGUCCAUGGCCUUACAGGGAUAUAUGAGCAGUACAUAGACCUUCCUCAACAAAAACUGACAAUUGUAGGUUGGGUUGAUCCUCAACUCGUCGUCAAAGCUAUAAAAAAAGCAAGAAAGAUUGCAACCAUAUGCUCCCACACAGAAUUUGUUGAAGCAAAGCCUGAAACAGAUCCACCACCAGCUGAGACAGGAGCUCCGGCCACUGAUGGAGAGCCGAAGCCAGCUGAAGCAGCACCUGCAGCUCCAGAACCAGCAGAUCCCCCACCUCCUGCUGAUACUGCCCCUGCACCAUCAACAGAGUCUACACCAGAACCACCACCACCACCACCCGAGCCUGAGAAACCUGUUUCUGAAGCGGCACCAACCACUUCAGAAUCACCGGCUGCUCCUGUGACCAAAGAAGUAACUGAAGAUGCCCAACCCAUAGACUAUAAUUCGAAGGAGUAUGGAUAUGGCGGCCCUUGGUAUUUGUACCAUGGGAAAUGUGGAACACCCCAAGUUGCAGCCUAUGCUUACACUUACAGUUAUAAGCCUGCUGUAUAUGUCAUGCCUGAACCCAUUCAUUAUAGGCAAGCACCGUAUUACACAAGCUACCAUCGUUUGGAACAGUAUGAGGAUGACUACCCUGGCAACCCACGCCGAGGUGAUGUUGGUUCCAUCUUCAGUGACGAGAAUCCAAACGCAUGUAGCGUGAUGUAAGAGGCAGAGUUUUCAUAGUGCUUUCACCUUUA